AUGGAGUCAAUUCAAACUUCCUCGGCCAUUGAUGCGCCCUCCAAGGCCAGUCCUGAAAGCUCCCAGUAUGACAUUGUAUGUGUCGGAUUUGGUCCUGCAGCACUUGCAAUUGCAAUUGCAAUGCAUGAGCGUGGAUUCUCAUCCAACAAAAACGUUCUCUUCCUGGAGCGUCAAGCAGAGUUCGGAUGGCACACCGGCAUGCUUCUUCCCGGAACAAAAAUGCAAAUCUCCUUCAUGAAGGAUUUGGCCACUAUGCGCAACCCGCAAUCUUAUUUUACAUUUGUGAAUUAUUUGCACAAACAUGACCGUCUUGCCAACUUCAUUAAUCUGUCUACACAAACCCCAUUCCGCGAAGAGUUUAAUGACUAUAUGAAAUGGUGCGCGUCGCACUUCGGCGAUCAGGUGAGAUACAACCAGGAGGUUUUGAGAGUUAGCCCAGGAAAGAAGACUGGCUCAGCCAUUAUUGACUCCUUCUGGGUAACCUCACGGGAUGUGCGAUCUGGUGAUGUGCAGCGGAUUUUCGCGAAACAUGUUAUUGUGGCCAAUGGCGGUGAAUACUCGAUUCCGGAGGGAUUGAAGAGCCCCGAUAUUAGCGAUCGAAUUGUGCAUUCGUCGCAGUAUUUGAAGCGGGUGCCGCAAAAGUUCCAGAAUGAGAACGCCGAGUACCGAUUUGCUGUUGUAGGAAGUGGACAGAGUGCAGUCGAGAUUUCUGAGGAUUUGCAAUCUCGAUAUCCGAAAUCGCGCGUAUCUCUUAUCUUCAGAGAUUCUGCUCUGAGACCGAGUGAUGACAGUCCAUUCGUCAACGAAAUUUUCGACCCCGCCAGCGUCGAUGAAUUCUAUUCCCUCGACUCGGCCCACCGAAAACAGAGCUUAAAGAAGAACAAAGCUACCAACUACAGCGUCGUGAGACUGCCCCUAAUCGAGCACAUCUACGAAAAGAUGUACCGACAAAGACUCCUCACACCCGACCCUAGGGACUGGAAGUUGUCCCUUUACCACAAUAGCGAAGUCAUCGGCGCUAAGAAAUCCGCAUCAGGCGAUGCGUUGAGCCUUCAAUUGAAAAACACGAUAACCGGCGAAUCCAAAGUCACAACGCAACCCUAUGACGUUGUUGUAGUAGCUACCGGUUAUCAGCGGAAACCCUUUGCCGGUAUACUAAAGGACUUGAAGCCGCUUUUGCUUUCUGCGUCCGAAGAGAAUGGGUCGUUGGUGCAAAGGAAUUAUCGUGUACUUUUCAGACCCGGUUCGGUGGUAAGGGAUGCUGCCAUCUGGAUGCAGGGAUCUUGCGAGACCACGCACGGAAUCAGCGACACUCUUCUAUCCAUUCUUGCCGUACGAGCGGACGAACUGCUAGACUCGAUCAACGCCAGUAGAAAGACGGUGGAAAAAAAAGCCAGGCUAUAG